UUUUAUUUACUAGUAAUGGCGGCGAUCAGUGACAUAUAGCAAGACUGCAGCAGACAUUCUGACACUGGGGGGAACUGACUUGGUGUCACUGACAUCCCCAGUGACACCAAUACAGUGAUCAGUGCUAAUAAAAAGCACUGACACUGUACUAAUGGCACUGGGCAGGAAGGGGUUAACAUCUGGGGUGAUCAAAGAAGUUAACUGUGUGCUGUUUUACUGUGUGCUGUGUGUGCUUUACACUGUAAACACUGUGCUAUGCAGAGCCAUACAAAGAAGUGUGCAGGAGCUGACAGGGGAGAGAUCUGUGUUGUUUUUACACAGAUCUCUCCCCCAU